AUGGCUCAACCCAAUCAGCAGGUUGAGCGUGAGUGUGCAGGCUGUGGCAAGAUGCGCGGCCUGUACCAGUUCUCCGCCAGUCAGCGUCGCAAGGGUGACGACGCUAUCUGUAUCAAGUGCAUUCCCGAGAUCCAGAACGUCAAGCCUGGUCAUCUCAAGCACGACGUUGACAACAGUGAUGCCAAGUACAUGGCUAACGGUAACAGCACCCACGGCUCAUUCGGCAUCAAGACUGGUGGUGUUCGCCUUCCCGCUUCGUACACUUCAGCCAGAACCGCUACCUCCACCGUCGCCGGCACUAGUACUGGUACCGUCACCAGCACCCACAGCUACAACGCUUCCUCUGCUGCUCCCUCUUCUCAUCUCUCUUCUACGACCAACGGUAACGAGCGCCCCGCCCACUUCGAACUUCGUAACACCGGUUGGAUCUCUGAGUGGCGCCAGGAGCAUGUUCCACAGCUCGAAGACGACAAUGUCGAGACCUUCAAGGACGACAGUGACAACGAGGACUUUGACAUGUAA